AUGCAGGCCAAAGUGACGGCGCUCCCUCCCCCACCGCCACCCAAGCUCGCCACGCCGCCGGUCUUUGUGCCCUGGAAUGCCUCUGGUCCGCUGACAGGUCAGCCAGCUGGUCCAGCGGCUGGUCGAGAUGCGGGUGGUCGCCCGCCGGAUCAGUUGCCUCGCAUCAAGGAAAUGGUGAUGGAGCUGGCGCCGCGCAUGCAUUUGUGCUUGGAGGACCUGCAGGCGAUCCUGACCUUGCUGACGCACUCAGAGCUGAAGCAGUACGCGAUGGAGAUCAUCCCCAAGCUGCAGCGCUGCUUGGCCGAGUCUUAUGAAUAA